AUGCCUCCCCAAAACCAAGCCGCCUGGCUCUCCGCCGCCAAAGCCCGACCCCUCGCCGUCGGCCCCGCCCCCUACACCCCGCCCGGUCCGGGCGAAAUCGUGAUCCGCAACGCCGCCGUGGCCAUCAACCCGGUCGACUGGGUCAAGCAGCAGCUGGGCGACGUGCUGCUAACCCACAUCCAAUACCCCUUCAUCCAGGGCGGCGACACGGCCGGCACCGUCGUCGAGGUCGGCCCGGGCCCGUCCCCGCGCUUCCGCGUCGGCGACCGCGUCGUCGGCGUCGCCAUGUCCAUCGCCGAGUCCGUCAACAACCCGGCCGAGGGCGCCUUCCAGCUGUAUACCGUUCUGCGUGAGCACUUGGCGUCGCCGCUGCCGGAGGGGUUGAGCUUCGAGCAGGCUUGUGUGGUUCCGCUGGCGCUGUCGACCGCGGGGUAUGGUUUGUUUCAUGAAGAGUUUUUGGCGCUGGAUAUGCCGACUGUGCCAGCGCGCCGGGUGGAUGGGGGGAAGCCGAGGGCGGUGAUUGUCACGGGGGGCGCGACCAGUGUGGGCAGCAAUGGCGUGCAGCUGGCGGUGGCGGCCGGCUAUGAGGUCAUCUCGACGGCGUCGCCCACGAACUUUGACUAUGUCAAGAAGCUGGGCGCGAAGCAUGUGUUUGAUUAUCAUGAGGAUACUGAGGCGUUGGUUGCCAAGGUUGUUGGUGUCUUGGAGGGCCGCUCUCUGGCGGGCGCGUUGGCCAUCGGGGAGAAUUCCAUCGAACUGUCUGCUGCGGUGAUGGAGCGUCACGCCGACACAACGCACAGGUUCAUUGCGGCCGCGAACCCGCCGACAAGCCCAAUCCCGGGGGUCCAGGUGAGGUUCAUUGACACCAGGGAUGCGGCCGAACCGGAUGGGCACGUCGCUCGUAUCUGGAAGGAUUACUUGCCGCAGGCGCUGGAAGAGGGGCAGUUUGUCGCCGCGCCCAACGCCCAUGUUGUUGGGAAGGGUUUGGAGAAGAUCCAGGACGCGAUGGAUUUGCAGAUGCAGGGUGUUUCCGCACAGAAGAUAGUUGUUUCUUUGGACUGA